CAUACCUGGUGGUUGAAUGUAGACUCUUACAGAUGGCUGUUGACAGGGGCGUAAAACUUAAAAAUACGAUACAUUCAUUUGGGUUUGAGAUAGUUUUCCCGGACAUCGUAAUAGAAGAGAAACGCAACCUAGUCUACUAAUCCGGUUUAAACAAGUUUAUCGCUUACGUCUAUAUAAACAACCUCCAAAGAUGGCUGUAGCUUCGGAUUCUUUCCGCCUUCUGGCUGGUGAACUUAUCAAGAAAACAGAACGUUUGAGAGAUAUGUUGGCUGUGGUGGGGCUGAUUGUUAUGGGAAAGGUGGCAGUUGACACUUCAAUAGCGUUCCUUAGUGCUGUCAGAAUUUUCCUUCUGUCCAAACUGCGUUCUCUAUCCAACUUUAAGGAAAAGUAUGGACCUUGGGCUAUUGUCACCGGAGCAACUGAUGGAAUUGGAAAAGAGUAUGCUAGAGAACUUGCUCGGCUUGGAGUCAAUAUCAUAUUGAUGAGUAGGAGCAUAGAAAAGCUUACCAGGGUAGCACAAGAAAUUGAGGCAGAAUUUCAUGUUGAGACCCAAGUUGUGCAAGUGGACUUUAGUGGAGGUCGCUCAAUCUUUGAUAAAAUUUCAGAAGCUAUUCGUGGAAAGGAAAUCGGAUUGCUAGUGAAUAAUGUUGGUGUCAUGUAUGAGAUGCCUAUGGAGCUAUGUGAGCUUAGUCAGGAUGUGAUUUGGCAGCAUGUCAAUAUCAAUAUGGGCUCUUUGACCAUGAUGUGCUGGUUAGUGUUACCCCAGAUGUUAGAGAGACGCCGAGGAGCGAUUGUAAAUCUUUCUUCCAGCUCCUCUGUCGGACCGCUACCCUACAUGAAUAUUUACUCUGCUUCCAAAAUUUAUGUGGACUACUUCUCGCGAGCGCUGUCUCAUGAAGUGCGAAAUUCAGGAGUUACUAUUCAAACUCUUAUUCCAUUCUACAUAGCAACCAAUUUAACCAAGUUCAGUGACUUCAUCGGCAGACAGUCAGUAUUGGUACCAAACGCGCAAACUUUCGUCCGAAGCGCCCUAUCCACAUUAGGCAUCUGCGACCGGACAACUGGAUACUGGUCGCACGAAUUACAGUUUUUUUCGUGUAACGUCGUGCCAACCUGGUUCUGGAUCCGUUUUGGUGGGAUGAUGCAACAGUUUCUCCGGCGCGAUGCGCUGAAAAAACGCAAAUAAUCAGAAAAUUUGUGUCUUCCGAUCGACGCGCGAAUGGUAUGUGCAUGUGUGCUGGCGAGCGUAUAUCCAUCGUAUCUUGAAAAUAGACCGAUAUGGAAUCAAAGCCGUCCGCUAUUUACUUGUCGUGUCAUAUUGUAGGUUUCAUCAAAUUGUAAAAGGGAAAGGCGAAUCUGCUUAAUCAAAGAAUUAGUUUGGUGCACUGGUCCGUUACUUAUUACUGUUGCCAGGUCAACUCUCUACUGUUUCAUUGGUCUCCUUCCUCAGAGACAUUCAUACGAUUUAUACUCCUUUCUAGAUUUUUUGCUCACUCUAAUGCUCCUUAAAUUAGAAUUGUUUCGUUCCUCAAUCUGUUUGCAUUUUUACAGUCUGAUAUUGAAAUACAUUCCUUUUAAACGAA